CCAGCACCGGCUGCGUCGAGGACUCGAGGCCUCCAAACGGGUGACCACAACCUGCUGACCCCUGACACACACUCUGGGUCGGAGGGCUGGGCCUCGCUGCCAGGACACCCGAGCAACCUGUCCACCAGGUGGCGCCGGUCGGCGUCUCCAACUCGCCGCCUACGGUUUGAGGAUGAGACGGAGACGGAGGCGGAGUCUCGUUACCUGGAGCGACAGCAGGGGACAGGUGUCCAGGGGUCCAAACCAGACCUGAACCAGGUCAACGUGAGAGGAAGACCGGCGAUGACGGUGGCGAUGUCUGGAGCCCAGCUGGACCGUCGCCUCACUCUGGGUCCACCUGUAGCCAAGGUGAGGGGGCGGGGCCUGAACAGAUCCCUCCUCCAGGUGCGGACGGAAGUACUCAAAGACUCUUAUAUCGGCUGCAUCUCACCUGCUGACCAAGGUGAGGGAGGGGGCGGGGUUGUCAGCAGAGUUGAUCAAACAGGUACAAACCAGGCGACAGCUUCACAAGCCCCGCCCACUGUCGAAACACCUGCUAACCCCUAUGCCUUUUACCCGGUGGGCACGCCGUCGCCCCGGCCGCCUCCCUGCCACCAUCAUGACCAUAAACGUCCUUCCCCUUUAGCCCAUGUAGCUGUGACAUCACUGACGAUGUCACAGAAUGGAGGGCUUCAUAACACAAUGAUGGGAAACCAGCAAGAGAAGAAGAAAUCCUCUGAUCCCCGACCUGGCUCCGAACUGAAGAAGAGGAAGGACUGCUCAUCCUCAGCUGAAGACAAAGCCCCGCCCACCUCAGGUAGCCCAGAGGGACACCGCAGACAUCCAAUCAGAGAAGAGCUCCGCUGUGUUGUUUCACUUCCUGGGCGAUUCAGUAGAGAUGGACCCUCUCGUCUCUCUCUGCAUCACCUUUUGUCCUCGGUCAAACUGAGCAAGACUCGAACCGGCAGCCUUGACCGACUGGUUCCCCCGGUUCCUGACUGUCUUCCCAGUGACGGCAGGAAGUCCUGCAGCCUGUGGAAGAAAUCUCCUUCUGCUCAGUCUCUCUGUGGGGCGCUGGAAAUCCAAAUAAAGAAGUCGUCAGUGCAGAGUUUUGGUUCUGAGGAGAGCAAGAACUGCAGCGUAGAUUACGGACCUGCAGAUGAGCAGUAAAACAGCCACUUGCAUUAGCUGACCACCGUCCCACCCAAUCAGAGCUCAGUUUCCUCCGUCAGGCUUCUAAAUCCAUGUCUGAGGUCAGAGGUCAUCGGCCAGCCCCGCUCAGGGAGAUUGGUCGGUCGGGUUCUUCAGGUCUGUUCUGAUGGACUGGUUCUGUUGGAAAUUAGUCCACCAUCAGAUCAGAGUUUUGGAAACAGGCGAGCCACAGGACAGAGCGAGCGUCCAAACUGGAAACCACUGAAACCAGUUUAGUCUGCAGCGCUGAAUGUAACGAAUGGAAUUAUUGGCCCCUGAUUUUUGUUUUGGACAGUUUUGAGCCAGCUCAGCUUUCUGAGUUAUCAAAAGUCCUAGCUUCUUCCAAACCUUUGACAUGCAUAUUGGAUCCACCAGCUGCUAACGGGGCGGCGGCGGCGGCAGGAGUUAGCCAUGCAGUCGGUGGAUCGCCGGAUUGAUUCCCGGCCCUCGUUGUUUGUGUCCUUGGGCAAGACACUUCACCCACCUGCUGGCAUAAAAUGGCAGCUUUGCUUGUCAGUCGCCUUUGCAAUAUAAAGGGCAUUAUAAAUAAAAUUGAUUAUUAUUAAUUGCUGCUGGAUAGUCUGAAGGAGCUGAGUGGGGGAGGAUCUGCGCCUUGAAGUGGGGCUAGGUACACCCAGGCAUUUUGCAUCUAUUUAUGUGCCAUGGAGACUUUAGGAUUUCUCAGACAUGGAAGAUUCAAAGCAACACUCCAGGUUUGUUUUUGAUGAGAGAAAAACAUGAAAACAUGAUUGAAAGAUCAAAAAGUCAAUUUUACAUGAUACUGGCCCUUUAAAUUCUGCAUUAGGGUUAAAUGGGUCCUUAGUGAGAUGAAGCCCUGUUAGCAUGUUACACUAAGGUCUAGUCCUGUUAGUAGGGUUAUGCUAAGACCUAGUACUGUUAACAUGCUACACUAAGGCCUAGCCCUGUUAGCGGAGUUAUGCUAACGCCUAGCCCUGUUAGCAUGCAACACUAAGGUCUAGUCCUGUUAGUAGAGUUAUGCUAAGGCCUAGCCCUGUUAGCCUGCUACACUAAGGUCUAGUCCUGUUAGUAGAGUUAUGCUAAGACCUAGCCCUGUUAGCAUGCUACACUAAGGUCUAGUCCUGUUAGCAGAGUUAUGCUAAUGCCUAGCCCUAUUAGCAUGCUACACUAAGGUCUAGUCCUGUUAGUAGGGUUAUGCUAAGGCCUAGCCCUGUUAGCAUGCUACACUAAGGCCUAGCCCUGUUAGCGCAACUUUUGCCACCGCCUAAUUUUAAAGAAUCCUUAUUUUGCAUGAACUGAGUGUAUACAUGAAGCUAUGAAGACUACACUCUAGGAAUGUGCAAUAUAAACGUAUACAGUAGAAAUGUUAGAAACUUGUCUGAAGAUAUAGAGCUGCAGUCUGCCAGCUAACUGCGGUAAAGCUGGUUGAUGAUGUAACCAGUUACAUCGAGUCGCGUUUCCCCAUCAGAUACUGUUGGCAGCGUCUCCUCGCUGCCCAGGUGGCAACAUUUUCGCAGCUUGUUCAGCGAUCUUAUCUAGUGCGCCUUGCUUGCACUACAAGGGAACUAUGGACACAGUGAAAGCUCAAACAACGUGUUUUGGCAGAUUUGUUCUACUUUUUUCACUUUUUUGCAACUGCAUUCUCAUCAGACACACACACUCACCCAACCCCUAGUGAUCUGCGCGCUGUAUGAAAGGUGUGUGAAUAAUGAUUGACCGAAACCAUGUGACUUUGGGACCUUUACUCAGCUGAAAUAAAAUGAACUGCUCCUUUACUAAAGCUGGAGUUUCCAACAAGUUGCUUUAAUAAAGUUGAUCAGUCAGAAAUGAAAUGUUUCAUUGACCAAACUGCUGCCUCUUGUCACACCUGAUGAUGUGUAAAGCCAUGAUUGACUGCUUCUUGGUCAGCUGUUCUCAUAAAGAUAGCUCAUUUAUCAGACUUCCUGUUGCUACUUCAGAAUAAGAGUUUGUCAGAAGCUGCUGCUACUUCUAAGCUGACAGUUUACCAUAGAGCGAGGCUUUUAUUGUGAAGGAGCAGCAGGAAGUGUGGUUGAGGACUCAAAUCUAAAUCGUAAACAAUUUCAAUAAUCUGAAUUCAAACGUCAACAUGUCGCUUAAAUAAAACUGUUUAACAAACUAAAGGUUUUCAGUAAACAAAACAAACAAACAAAAUGUAGUGUUUUUAAGUGAAUUCCACCAAAUUAACCAGUUAGAGCUCAAAUAAACCAGUUAAAAUGAACCAGUUUAAACUGAUCUAGUUUAGAAUGAGGUUUGCUUCGGUUCUGGAGAAAAUAAAACGGAUGUUUGGGUCAGGGUUCUGGUUCUGGACAACCAGACUUCUGGUUUUGGUUUCUCAUCCAGAACUAGGGGUGCAUUGAUUUAUCGGCCAGCCGAUUCAUUGGUGCAGAUUUCCUUCGUUUUGGGAGAUCAGUGAUCGGACGAUCUGAUCUACAUCAACAAAGCUCUAAAAAUCAGCCACUGUCCUCUGCUGAGGUUAGACUGUUAGCCCCGCCCACCAGGCUAGCUCCGCCCACACAGUCCUGUCUGCAUGUCUGCAGUAACAAUAGUUAUUGUUACCCAAAUAAAUAAUUAAUUUUAUUUAUCGACAUUUCAGACAAAGAAAGUCGGAAUCGGCAGCUCAGGCUUUUUAAA